AUGAAGGUGAAGGUGCUGAGUAUCCUUGCUCGAUCUAUUGCAUUUUUUUUCUUCCUUGUUGUGAUCUCCUUAACUGCUGGCUCUCGCGAUCGGCUCGGCAUUGUAAAUCUUAGAGUAAGUUUCUCUUUUCUUUUUUUUUUCUUUCUUCUCUACGAGACUCGUUUUUGUAGAUGGCACGCUGUGGCUUCUUGGACAUGGGACGCGCACGACGACGCCUGUGGGAUUUGCCGAAUGGCGUUUGAUGGAUGCUGCCCGGAUUGCAAGAUGCCCGGCGACGAUUGCCCUCUCAUUUGGGGAGCUUGCAAUCACGCGUUCCACCUCCAUUGUAUUCUCAAGUGGGUGAACUCGCAGAGCCCCCGACCACAGUGUCCUAUGUGUCGCAGGGAGUGGAAGUAUAGAGCAUGAGAGACGAAUAAACAUGACGUCUGUGUGUUGUUUGCGUGUAUGUGUGCCAAAAGUUCUCCUUGUGGGAGUUGAACUUGGUGGAGAGUAUUCCCGAGUCACUCCCGCGCCAAGAAUGAACCGAAUGAGAAACCUUCAGGGUUGGGAUUCAAAACA